AUGGCAGCUCAAGAAAUCACCAUUACGGGCUGGAAAACCCGCGAUGUCCGGUUCCCCACAUCUUUGGACAAGACGGGGUCGGAUGCCAUGAACGCUGCGGGUGAUUACUCGUCAGCCUAUUGCAUCCUUGAGACAGACUCAGAGUUCUCAGGUCAUGGAAUGACUUUCACCAUUGGCCGUGGCAACGACAUUGUCUGCGCCGCCAUCAACCACGUCGCCGAGCGCAUCAAGGGCCGCACCCUUUCAUCUCUCGUCGCCGAUUGGGGCAAGACGUGGAGGCACCUGGUCAACGACAGUCAGCUGCGGUGGAUCGGGCCCGAGAAGGGCGUGAUCCACCUGGCUCUCGGGGCCGUCGUCAAUGCCAUCUGGGACCUGUGGGCUAAGACGCUGGGCAAGCCGGUGUGGCGCAUCGUGGCCGAGAUGACGCCCGAGGAGUUUGUACGCUGCAUCGACUUCCGGUACAUCACCGAUGCCGUCACCCCGGAGGAGGCCAUCGCCAUGCUCAAGGAGACCGAGGGCGGCAAGGCCGACAGGAUCAAGGACGCCGAGAACAGCCGGGCCGUGCCGGCCUACACGACCUCGGCCGGCUGGCUGGGCUACGGCGAGGAGAAGAUGCGGGCGCUGCUCGAGGAGACGCUGGCCAAGGGCUACAAGCACUUCAAGCUCAAGGUAGGCGGCAGCAUUGAGCAGGACAGGAGGCGGCUGGGGAUCGCGCGCGACGUGAUCGGGCACGACCGGGGCAACGUGCUCAUGGUGGACGCCAACCAGGUGUGGUCGGUGCCCGAGGCCAUAGAGUACAUGAAGGCGCUCGCCGACUUCAAGCCGUGGUUCAUCGAGGAGCCGACCAGCCCCGACGACGUGUUGGGCCACAAGGCGGUCAGGGAGGCGCUCAAGCCGUACGGCAUCGGCGUGGCGACGGGCGAGAUGUGCCAGAACCGCGUCGUCUUCAAGCAGCUGCUGGCGAGCGGCGCCAUCGACGUGUGCCAGAUCGACGCCUGCCGCAUGGGCGGUGUCAACGAGGUGCUGGCCGUCCUGCUAAUGGCUCGCAAGUUUGGCGUCCCCAUCGUGCCGCACUCUGGCGGCGUCGGCCUGCCCGAGUACACGCAGCACCUGUCGACCAUCGACUACGUCGUCGUCUCGGGCAAGCUGUCGCUCCUCGAGUACGUCGACCACCUGCACGAGCACUUCCUCCACCCCUCGGUCAUCAAGGAUGGCUUCUAUCAGACUCCGACCGAGCCCGGCUACAGCGUCGAGAUGAAGCCCGAGAGCAUGGACCGCUUCUCGUUCCCCGGCGAAGAAGGGGUCAGCUGGUGGCGCAGCGAAGAGGCCAAGCCCAUCCUUGAGGGAAUUAAGAUUUAG